AUGAGUGUCACCACGAAAGCCUCCGGAACUCCUCACAGAGUUCGGACCUUCGCCUUCCAGUCUCACCUCAGCAACGUCACCUCGCCUCGCUUCGCUCGGCUCGGCUCCCCCCAAACCCUAAACCCUGUGUCUGAGGAGACUGCCAUUCACUCAGCACAGGGGACUGCUGUCAAAAGAGUUACAGACGCUGUCCCAGAGAUGGAGCUGACAGAUAAAGCUGCUGACACAUUUGAAGACGACUCCUUUGACUCAGACAGCACUCAUAGUAGUAUGCCUCGCCUUGCAAUGCUAUUGGAGCAGUCAGACUUCAACUUCUGA